UAUAGGGCGGCGCUGCAAGCCGGGCUGAGCAGAGGCGGCUGGGCUCUAGUGGGAGCGAAGGGGAAGGGUAGUGAAUGACUAGCCUGGGUGGUGGGAUUUUCUUUGCGCGGUCUGGCAUUCGCUCUGGCAGAGCCCGGAGAUUGUAUCCAGAGACGGGCUGCCCCUCCUUGGUUGCUUUAGGAAGGGAUCGCUGCGUUGGCUGAGCACUGCCUCUUGCUCCUGUUGCAUUGCGGGCGGUACGCGGUGUGCAUCGGUGCCCGAGGGGAUCUCUCCCUGUGCACCAUGAAAGCGGUCAGUCCCGUCCGCCACCCCAGCAGGAAGGCACAGGCGGGCUGCUGCGGGGGCGCUGGAGGAGGCGGCGGAGGAGGAGGAGGUGGCGGAGGCGGGCAGUUGGCUCUGCGCUGCCUGGCCGAACACGGCUGCAAGGGGGCCCCGUCGGGCGAGGAGCCGGCGUCGCUGUGCCUGCAGUGCGAUAUGAAUGACUGUUACAGCCGGCUGCGGAAGCUAGUGCCCACCAUCCCGCCCAAUAAGCGGGUCAGCAAAGUGGAGAUCCUGCAGCAUGUCAUCGACUACAUCCUCGACCUGCAGCUGGCUCUGGAGACGCACCCGGCUCUACUUAGGCAGCAGCAACAGCAGCCACCUCCGCUGCACCCAGGGAGCUGUCCCGCAGCCACCCCCCGGACCCCGCUUACAGCCCUCAACACCGACCCGGCUGGCGCUGUUAACAAGCAGGGGGACAGUAUUCUGUGCCGCUGAACUGCACUCUCAAGGUGUGCAGCAAGCAGAUCCAGAGCCAGAGGAGCAGAGAAAAACACAUUAGAGAGGGAGGGGGAAAAAGAAAUAUCAGCCAUCAGAUGAGAGGAAAAAAUAAUUCAACCCCAGAAUCGUUUCCAUGUUUCCUUCUGAGAGAGAACCUUUCACCGUUUUGCACGUUCAUAGCAUUUUAAACAUGUCUUUUUUUUCUGUGCAUUUUAUAUCAGAUGUGAAUUGUUUGUUUAUUUUGGUGGGAGGAGACUUAAAACUUAAGCAGAAAAGUGUGACUCUUCUGUUGGAUAGAAGAUCGAGAGUAAAUCAAACUUUAGAAGUAUAACUGUAAGGGACCGAGCAGCUGAAUUUUGAAGCUUUACUAAUCUACCAGAGCAUUGUAGAUAUAUUUGACAUCUAUUGUUUAAAAUAGAUGAUUUUAUUGGGGCCCAGGGAACUUUCUUCUCCCUGCAGGAAUGUUACAUAUUGUAUAGAUAUAUGAGUGACAUUUCAUACUGUGUAUAUAUAGAGAUGUUCUAUAAGUGUAAGUGAGAAAAGUAUAUGCUUUAAUAGACUACUGUAAUUAUAAAAUAUUUUUAAUUAAAUAUUUUUUGUAAAUAUUAUAAAGGUGUGUAUGUUUUUUUUAAUGUGUGGGAAUAUUUCUUUAGAACAUUAUUUACAGCUCAGAUACAGAGCUGAUAAUAUGAAAAUAUCUUGACAGUUAAGGUUUUUGCCCAGUGUCUUUUUAGACUCGGAAGUUACAGCUAUAGUUAGUGGUCCUGCAUGAUUGCAUGAGAUGUCUAAUUGCAAAUAAACUCGUGUUGAGUCCAUACAAACGUGUUUUCUUCAAUUUAGAUUAAAAUGUUGGUAAUUGUAUUAUACAUUUUGAAACUACACUUUUGUCAAUUAGGCACAAGGGUUUUUAGUGCAUUAUAUACAAGUAGUGUUAAGACAGUGUUUUUUUACUGAGAUUAGAAAAACAAAUUCUAUACUUUUUUCAUAUCGAAGGCAAUGCUUUAGGUCUUUAAUCAGCUUUUAUAAAAUCUGCUGUUGCAUCAAAAUCAAGAAACUUACUGUGGAACUUCAUUUAACAAUAAAAGGUUUAUUGUCACAAACUUUCAUUCUUAUAGCAUAUUACAGUUAAAAAGUGAAAACAGUUCUCUGCUUGCAACCAAAGGGCAAACCAUUAACAAAUGAACAGUUACUGUUUCGUCCAAAGAAUAUUGAUAUGGGAUUGUGGAAAAGCACACAAGCAAAGUCAUUACGAUCAGUGAUGUAAAUCCAUCUUAAAAUGAACUUUAAGUAGACCAAAAAUCGGAUAACUGCAUCAAGAUUAUUUUUCUAAUACAAAAUGACUUUCAUUUCAUUGCAGCUAUGUUAAGUUAAAAUCCUGUUUAAUCUCUGUGAUGUGUAAAUUCUACAUGUGAACAUUAAACUAGAUUUACGUGUCUUUGUACUGUGA